UGUCUACUUGACGGACCUGUUCUCCACCUGAGGACGGCUGCUUGCGUUGUGGCCGAAACGUCGUGAGAAUUAUUUUAUUAUGUUUUAUUUUUAUUAUUUUAUUACUUCUCUUCUACGUGACUUUACCGAAAGAACCAAGAAGAUGAAUCCCUGCAGUCACGAAAGCUUUAAAUCGAAAUGUCUAAACAUCUCAAGAAAAAGAACAUACCUGCACCAUCUUCUGAAGACGAAGACGAUCUUCCAGCGGCGGUGGCGCUCCCGACGAUGGAAGGCGGAGGCGAAGUGGGGACGGGCGACGCGCCACGGGUGCAAGAUGUCGUCGGGGCGGCCGGGCCGUCUGCAUCAACGGGCGCCGAGGAGGGCUGGCGACACGUGACGGCCCAACUGGAUUCGCUGCGGGCCGUUUUGAUGCAAUUAUGCACCCUGGUGACAACAGCGACGAGGCCGGACCGCCCAAGCGGGGAGCCUUCGAGUGGGGCCGAGACGUCCGCCAUUGGGGCCUGCGCGACGCUUCCCGCCCUCUCCGACACGCGGCAGGACGCCGCCAUCUUGGGCGUGGUCGGGGACGAACCGCGGGAAGCCGCCAUCUUGUUGCCUCCACCGCGGGAAGCCGCCAUCUUGACCCCGCCGCAUGGUGACGCCAUCUUGUCGCCACCGCGUGGAAUACCUGCAGCGGGGGACGGCGACUCGGGGACCCGCAGCCAUCGUCUGACGAUGGUCAAGGUGUUCUCCAUCGGCGGGGAUUGGAGUGCAUUUGCCUGCCGUUUUGAGGCGGCGGUCCGAUCCGCCAAGUGGACGGAUGCGGAAGCCUUGGAAGUCCUACCGACGCUCCUGGACGACGAGUCUGUGAGGUUCUUCCGCUCCAUCAAGGCCGCUAGGAAGACGACGCUGAAAGGGGUGUUCGAGGAAAUGGCCGAGGCUUAUGAGCCCCCGGACAACGCACAUCGCAGAUUCGUGCAGCGGCAACAGGCACCAGAAGAAUCACCAGUGGCUUUCCGGGGCGCUGUGUUGGAGCUGGCUAUGGCCACAUAUCCGGACACUGAGCCCGACUUGCUGGAGCCUUUAAUUUUUGGCAAGAUGUUGGAGUUGUCCAGGGAUUUGGGCAUCCCCAUGCCGGUGUGCGGCCACGAACAGCUGACCUCCCGGAUAGCGGCUAAGUGCCUGGACGCGCAAUUCAACCUGCGCCGGUGGAAGCAGGUGACGGCUUGGACGGGGAGCCCCAACAUCGAAGGAGGUGCCACAGGGUGGGAUCCGUCCAAAGCUGUCUACGUACAGGACGAGAAGGGACCUGAGGCGCUGGCGGCAGCAUCGACCCAAUGGCCUCGAGGGGGAGCGGAGUUGCGCUCGGGGCCACCGUUGCGGGAUCGCCAAGACAGAGUGGGUGCCGGUCAACGAGCCGACUUCCGCUGCAGCCGGCGGGGGCACUUCGCCAGAGAGUGUUGGGCUCGCUCUCGGCCGUUGCUCCAGUAGGAGGCCCCUGCCAAGGACGCGACACGGCAAGAUCACCCACGGCAGGAAAGUCGCGCGCCUGUUGUGCCUCUUGUAGACGGACCGGCUGUCAUCCUGCGGUGAUUCCUGCUCCGGGUGGGCCUGCCACGGCGACGGGGACACUUGACCCCGCUGCCCCUUCAAACCCCGCCGCGGGUGCAGUUGCAGGUGGCCCCAACGACGGGCCUCUCUGGGGAACGGGAUGCUGGGAUUGACAGGCCUCCAACAGCGGCGGGCGGUUACGGUCCCACCGCUCCUAAAACCCUGUCAAGAUCACGGUCCGUGCGGGGGCCGCCCCCCGUGCGGGACGGGCCGGCGACCCGCACUCGUUCUAAGUCCCUUCCCUUUCGUUAAUUGUUGCUAUUCUAAUCUCCGUUUGUCUUGUGAUUCCUGAUUGUCAUGUUGUUGCUCGCAUUAUUGUUGUUCUAUUGCAGCCGGGGACGGCUGGCUUUUUCAUUAGGGGGGGGGGGUCAUGUAAUGCGAGCAAGAACAGGGUGGUUGCUGGCCUCCGCGCCGCUCACACGGCCCGGAGUAUUGGGGGGCGGAGCCUGGUCGGCGGAGCGUGUGGGAGGAGCCACUGCUCACCUCGGCUCCAAUGGGAGACGGGGUGAGCGGGGGCGGAGACGGGGGCAGUACGGGAAGGAGGAGUCAGGGUCACAUGAGGGGGAGGAUAUAAGGAGAGAGCCAGAAGAGAUCGAGAGGUUGGAAGAGAGUGAGAAUAGAGAGGGAGCCACGCUGGGCAGUGGCGGAGAAGUGAUGCCAUUUGCCACGUGGUCGGAGACCAGCAGGGUGUGCAUGGGGUGCCGGGGCUAGCGGAGUGUGGAGGAGCUAGCAGAGUGUGCGGUGGCACACGGACCAGCGGUGUGGCUGGCGGCGUGUGCGGAGGGGCACACGGAGGAAGAGGAGCGGCCGCGGUGUGGGCGAGGGCCACAGGGAGCAUGCGCGUAGCGCAAGGCAGAGGCAGCGCGGGUCCGGACGAGGACCAGCGGGGUGCGAGACAAGAACUCAAAUAAAGGACGAACGG